ACGCCUAACCCUCACGCUUACUUGUUCCCAACACCCCCGAACUCGAUCCCCUAGUCCGUCGCUGCAACCCUUCGUCACUGGCGGCCUGGGUAUGGAAACCGACGACGUGUCCUCAUCCGCCGCCGCCGCUCCUCCUUCUCUUUCCCUCUCCAACCUUUCGAACCCUAACUCCAACUCUAAUGUCUCUGUCGACGCCUCGAAGCGGAAAAAGGCCGCUGCCGCUCCGAAGCGCUUCGUGAAGUCGCAGAUACCGGAGUCGAUCCUCUCCGAUCCCGCCAUCAACUCCGCUGCUGCCAUCCUCCCCUCCAACUACGACUUCGAGGUCCACAAGACCGUCCACCGCCUCGCAUCCGCCGCCUCGCGCCGCCCCGCCCUCCAGCUCCCCGAUGGCCUCCUCAUGUACGCUCUUCCCCUUGCCGACAUCCUCCUUUCCGCCUCCACUCUCUGCCUCGACGACGUCCUCAUCCUCGCUGACCCCACAUACGGCGCCUGUUGCCUUGAUGAUUACGCCGCCUCCGCCCUCGCCGCCGACCAGCUCAUCCACUACGGCCACUCCUGCCUCGUCCCCGUUCCCUCCUCUCGCCUCCCCGUCCUCUACGUCUUUGUUAGCAUUCGCGUCGACGUCGAUCGGCUCGUCGACGCUGUCCUCUCCACUUUCCCCGCUUCCUCCAAACUCGCCCUUGCUGGCACCAUCCAGUUUGUCUCCGCCGUGCAAGCCGCAAAAUCCCUCCUUUCAGCCGAGGGCUUUGAUAUCACGGUUCCGCAGGCCAAGCCGCUCUCUGCCGGUGAGGUUCUGGGGUGCACAGCCCCCACAAUCCCCAGAUCCAAGGGGAUUGAGGCCAUCGUGUUUGUGGCCGACGGCCGGUUCCACCUUGAGGCGUUCAUGAUUGCAAAUCCUGGAGUCCCGGCAUUCCGCUACGACCCAUAUCUUGGGAUCCUCGUUCUUGAGGAGUACGACCAUAAGGGCAUGAAGACAGCAAGGAAAGACGCAAUCUUGGCAGCCCGGGAAGCCAAACGGUGGGGUGUCAUCCUUGGGACGCUCGGGAGGCAGGGCAACUCCCGAGUCUUGGACAGAGUGGUGGAGCACAUGGAGGAGAAGGCACUGGAGUGGACCGUGGUACUCAUGUCGGAGAUUUCACCUGCGAGGAUUGCUCUAUUUGGGGACUCCGUGGAUGCUUGGGUGCAAAUUGCAUGUCCUAGGCUUUCGAUCGACUGGGGGGAGGGAUUCACCAAGCCAAUGCUGACAACAUUUGAGUUAGACAUUGCGCUGGGAUAUGUUCCAGGUUGGUGGGAGAAGGAAAGGAUGAGAGUAUCAGAUAAUUUUGAUGGUGAGCCAGUCGCUAGGAAAGAGGAGACUUGCUCAACUUCUGGUUGUUGUCGGGCUAAUUCAUCCGGUUGCAAUUGCAAGAGUGAUGAUCUACAAGCAGAUUAUCCAAUGGAUUAUUAUUCACAAGAUGGAGGGGACUGGAAUAGCUCAUAUGCCAAAAGGAAACCUCAAAAUAGUGUGGCAAAGCUGCAGAAUAAGUUUGCAUGGGAAUGCAUGUUGGUGCUCACUGUCUUUGUGAAUGGCAUAUAAGGAUAGAACUCCAUUGCUACCUUAGUGCUGAAAGUUGAGUUUAUGAGAAAAAGGAAAAUCUUAUCCUUGGAUAUUAGCAAGAUCUCUGUCUGUGGCACUUUGGUGAUGCAUGGCGCUCGUAGAUAUUUUUGUUUUCUUUUUUUUUUUAGUUUAAGAGAUGGUCAGAGUUUAUUAGUGAGACUCUUCCCUGUAAAUCAAAUCUGAGUCCUUCAGCAGGAUCCAUGCAAUGACCUUAAAUUUUACUUUUCUGUGGUGUUGGUGUUCACUAAUAUUUUGAGGACUGCACGCCAAAAAGAAAAAUAUUUUGAGGCAUGCCACAUGAUUCCGAAAAAUUAGCUGAAAGCACAGUUUGUUUUGUAAAAUAAUCAUCUGUAGCAGUGCGUAAUUAGAGAUACAAAAUGAAAUUGAUUUUGGUCCAUGCAUACGAAGAUAUGCUUCUCAUACUAAAUGAAUAUGUUUCUUUACUUCUGUUUGUAAGUCAGCUAGUGAUGAGCAGCACUGUUUGAAGAUUGUACUCCAAAAUAGCUAUUAGAAAAUUAUUUUUAGUUACUAUAGCUACUUGUUAUGCAUACAACUCUGACAAGUGAUUUAUGGAAACCUCGACAUUUAAAAGCAAAUCACUAUUAUAUUUGUGAUUUUUAUUUCUCUGUGAGUUGGUGAUGUAAGUAGCAGGAUCUCUGUUUUUUUUUCCUGACAUUUCGGUAAUGCAUGCAUGGCAUUCCUAAGCACACAGAGCAACCCGAAUUCUGCUAAAUUGUUAUAUGUAG